CGCCGGUAACCGGUUCCUAUGCUGCAGGUGCCUGGAAGGCUUCCAUCGCCUGCGCUCGCAAUCCUUCGUCGCAGAGGCGGUGGGUCGGUGAUGGCGACCAUCUGCGAGCUCCCCGAGGACGUCCUGGUGGAGCUGCUUUCGCUGCUCCCAGCCCGGGACCUGAUCCACGGCUGCAGGCUGGUCUGCUCGCAGUGGCGGUACGUGGUGGACCUGACCACCCUGUGGAAAAGGAAGUGCCAGCGCGAAGGGUUCUACAUUCAGGCUUUGGACAGAAGCAUCUCCGACUGGAAGAUCUUCUAUAUGCUGUGCUAUUUGAAGAAAAACUUAAUCAAAAAUCCCCGUGCUGAAGAGAGCUUUAAGCACUGGAAACUUGAUAAGAAUGAGGGAGAUAGAUGGAAGAUUGAGGAUCUGCCUGGACCUCUUGGAAGAGAUAUACCAGACCCAGAAGUACACAAAUACUUUGUCACUUCAUUUGGGCCAUGCUUUAAGUCUCAACUUAUUACCCUGAAGAAGGAAGGAUACUGGAACGAGCUGAUGGAUGAGAAACGGCCUGAAAUCAUAGUCAAGGACUGGUAUGCUGCCAGAUUUGACUGUGGGUGUCGUUAUGAACUUAGAGUGAGGCUGCUUUCUGAAGACUACAUCGUGCUUGCGGAGUUCCAUCCUGAGCCAGUGGUUAUAGAGCAGUGGAGCGAUGCAGCGUGGAAAGAGAUGUCUCACACCUUCAGCAAUUAUCCAGCUGGAGUACGUUACAUCUGGUUUCAACAUGGAGGCCAAGACACUCAAUUCUGGGCAGGAUGGUAUGGGAUCAGAGUGACAAACAGCAGCAUCACCAUUGGACCCCAGACAUCGUCAUAAAGGCACAAUAUAAGUGUUCUUUUUUACCUCAGGAUUGUAACCAGGUGGUCUCAGGUGCACUUAUUUGUCUGUACUCUCUGGGUGAAUGUCCUGGCUUUGUUUUGCACAGUUGAUCGGGAAUACAAGCAGCUAGCACUCCUUGUUCACAGCAGACCUUCUGCAGGCCCAGCCCUUUGGAAGGACUUCUUCAUCUGUCCUCCUGCACCAUGGAUGUUAUGGCAAUUUCUAGUGCCCUUCCGUAGGAGGAAGACUAGGACAAUUAAAUAUGACAACUACAUUUAGUUAAUAGUGUUUGGCUGUAGCACCAGGACAUAGUGAUCUUAAAUGGAAACGCUUUCCUGUUUUUGCAGCUUAUGAAAGAUACGGCUAAAAAUGUAUCCAUUCAGAUUAUUAAUCCUUUUUCUGAAAGGCUCUGCUACAGACAGACUUAUUUAGUAUUUUAUUUUCCUGUUUAAUUAUGUAUAUAAAUAUGUAUCUUUGAUAUCAGACCUACAGCAUAAGGAAACUGUCAGGCCAUUUUCAUAAAUAUUGUGAUGCUGAUACCCAAUUCCUGAUACCCAAUUCCUUAUUUUUUGUAAGUAUAUAUGAUCAAAAUGGUACAUGCCUUCCCCGUCCAAUACAGUCCAUCAUUGUUUGAAUAAACAGAGAAAAAGGAGGUAAGGAAUCCCUUAAGGUGGAUACCUUAUAACUUUAAGUGCCUUUUGAUUGUGCUGUGCUUUCUCCAUAUUACCUUUGUACGGAGUACUUGGUUUGUACGGAACAGUCUAACCCUAUAUAAAACAUUCAAGCAGCAAACAACCUGGA